AGAAAUAAUGCGCUCCGUUUAGCUGAGUGUCAUCAACACUGACCUUGUUCUGAAUCGGAAGGUUUCAUUAGUUAUAAUUAAUCAUUGUUGUUUCUUUAUACAGCGACUAACGGAACUUAACGGGUCAUGUUAUGAUUCUUCUCCCCGGAUAUUUUCUGUCCUCUGCUUCCUCUCCGGUGAGAAGAGGGGAGGGGGGCGGAUACUCAGCAUCUCUCAGCCUCCGCCCGCCUCUCUGCCUCUGCCUCGACCCAACACGGUGGCGGAACACACCGACAGGGGGGUGGGGGCAUAAAAACAUACUGCGGAAAGAGGGGCGAUGGCCGCCGGUGGAGGAUGCGGGGAAUCGGUGGAUCAGUGCCGGGCCGAGGUGGAGAGACUCACGCAGGAGCUGGCCGAGGCCAACCGGGAGAAGAUCAGGGCUGCGGAGUGCGGGCUGGCCAUCCUGGAGGAGAACCAGGUGCUGAAGCAAAAAUAUGCAGAGCUGGAAACCGAUCAAGAGACUCUCAGGAAGGAGUUGGAGCAGUUACAGGAGGCGUUCGGCCAAGCCUACACCAACCAGCGCAAGGUGGCUGAGGAUGGGGAGACCAUUGAGGAGACACUGCUGCAGGAGUCAGCCUCCAAGGAGGCCUACUACAUGGGCCGACUACUGGAGCUGCAGACAGAGGUAACGCUCAGCCGCUCGGUGGCGUCCAAUGUCCAGGCGGAGAAUGAGAGGCUCAACACUCUCUUGCAGGACCUGCGAGAGAGUAACGAGAUGCUGGAACUACAGCGCAGCAGGAUGAGGGAGGAGAUCAAGGAGUACAAGUUCAGAGAGACCAGGCUGCUUCAGGACUACACUGAGCUGGAGGAGGAGAACAUAACCCUGCAGAAACUGGUUUCUACACUCAAGCAGAGCCAGGUGGAAUAUGAGGGUCUGAAGCAUGAAAUCAAGGUUCUGGAGGAGGAGACGGUCCUUCUCAACAGCCAGCUGGAAGAUGCAUUACGUCUGAAGGAAAUCUCUGAGGGACAACUGGAGGAAGCCCUAGAUGCCCUCAAGACUGAGCGUGAGCAGAAGAACAAUCUGAGGAAGGAGCUAGCCCACCACAUUAGUCUGAGUGACAGCGUUUAUGGAGCAGGGGCCCAUCUAGCGCUCACUGUCACUGGUGUUGAGGGUCUCAAGUUCACCGAAGAGACCAGCGGAACAAAUACUCCUAACGGUAGCGCCCUCCCAGCUGCUAAUGGAAACAUCGAGGACAGCAACCGCUGCAAUGUCCACCUGCACCACGGCACAGGGUUAGCCAAGACAAACGGUGAUUACCGAGCGGGCAGGAAGGGAGACGGCCUUGUUCCGGACCUGUUUAGUGAACUUAACCUGUCCGAGAUGCAGAAGCUCAAGCAGCAACUGCUGCAGGUGGAGUGUGACAAGGCAGCUCUGCUCAUGAACCUGCAGGAGUCGCAGACCCAGCUGCAGCACACGCAGGGUGCCCUGACUGAGCAGAAUGAGCACGUCCAUCGCCUCACCGAGCACGUUAACACCUUGAAACACCUGAAUCCAGACAAAGACUUUGACGACCCACAAGAGAGUGAGAAACCUGAUGGCGGCUCCCCAUCCCCGUCAUCCAACAGCCACCAUGAUCCUGAGAUCCUGGAGUGUAAGUACAAGGUGGCAGUGACGGAGGUGAUCGACCUGAAAGCAGAGCUCAAAGCUUUGAAGGAGAAGUACAACCAGGCUGUGGAGAGUCAGGGAGACUGCCACAAUGAUGACAGAGUCCAGGCACUGACUGAACAGAUUUCAGAUUUGGAACGAAGCUACCGCGAGAGCCGGGAGAGGGUGGCUAGCCUGGAGGUAGACCUCAGAGCUGCAGCAAACACUGCAACAGAGAGCCAGAGCAUGCUGAACGCAGCGCAGGACGAGCUCGUAACUUUCAGUGAGGAACUGGCGCAGCUCUACCACCACGUCUGUCUCUGCAAUAAUGAGACUCCGAACCGCGUCAUGCUAGACUAUUACCGGCAGAGUCGCACUACACGCAGCGGCAGCCUCAAAGGCCCAGAAGAUCCUCGAGCUUUGCUCUCUCCUCGCCUGGUGCGACGACUUGCUGCAGUGUCUGCAGCCUGCUCAUCUGAUUCCCUGCGCAGUCCAAUGGACUCCCCAUCCAAAGACGCCCACCACAGUAACACAGCAGGCAACUCAGCAGACUCUUCGUCUUGCCAUAGUAGCCCCAUCCACAAUAUCACUGGAUCUCCAUCUAUCAGCAUAUCCCGGUGCCCAUCUCCAGUGCCCUCAGACACAGGCGGGGACCUGCGGAGGGAGCCCAUGAAUAUCUACAACCUGAAUGCUAUCAUCAGAGACCAGAUCAAACAUCUCCAGAGAGCUGUUGAUCGCUCACUGCAGCUGUCCAGGCAGAGAGCUGCAGCCAGAGAGCUGGCAACUAUGCUUGACAAGGACAAGGAGUCCUGCAUGGAGGAGAUCCUAAAGCUCAAAUCCCUCCUCAGUACCAAAAGAGAACAGAUAGCCACACUACGGCUGGUCCUCAAGGCAAAUAAACAGACAGCAGAAAAUGCCCUGGCUAACUUGAAGAGCAAGUAUGAGAAUGAAAAGGCAAUGGUGACAGAGACCAUGAUGAAACUGAGGAAUGAACUGAAGGCUCUAAAAGAAGAUGCUGCCACCUUCUCCUCUCUCAGGGCCAUGUUUGCCACAAGAUGUGAUGAGUAUGUUACCCAGCUGGAUGAGAUGCAGAGGCAGCUUGCUGCAGCAGAGGAUGAGAAGAAGACAUUGAACUCCCUCCUUCGAAUGGCAAUCCAGCAGAAGCUGGCUUUGACACAGCGGCUGGAGGACCUGGAGUUUGACCACGAGCAGAUUCACCGUGGCCGUGGCGCUAAAGUGCCCAAGAUCAGAAGCAGCCCACCCAAAAUUGUCAGCAGCCUGCUGCCUCAGUACCGACAUUCUCCCCACAACUAAGGCGAGGGAGAACUUCUCUAGCCCGCAGUCGUAAAUGUUUGGACGAACUCCAGGAAUACCGAGCAGUCCUGUCCAGCAGUUGCAGCCUUCUCUCCCCAUGCGACCCACGUAGCUGCUUGGCCCACCAGCCCCAUCCUCCUGGCACCUAGUCCUGCUGCCACCAG